AUGAUUGGUGAUUACGCGGCGCAACAAUCGAUCCAUAGAAGAAAAGAAUGUGUUGCAGCGACAAGAUUUUUUCCAUGUUGUGACGUGAAUAAUAAAACCGACAAAAAUCCUUUAUUAUUUUGGCAAACAAAUGUCUUAACAAUGCCACUUUUGGCAAAAAUGUCAAAAUUAUAUUUGGCUACAUCUGGGACAAGUAUGAGUUCAGAGUCGGCCUUCAGUCUAUCUGCCUAUUAUGGAAGAAAAGAACGUUCUCGACUUCCAUCAGAACCAUUGGCAUUAUCAGUGUUCUUAAAGGAUAAGCUUCAACAACAAGAAGACGCAACGAAUUAA